CACAAACCAGACAGAAAGGACUAUUUCCUGAGUUUGGACUGUCAACAUCUCAGAAGAGCAAAUUCUUACGUAUCCUGAUAUUUGGAAAACGUCGAAUAUAAUCCACACAUAUUAUUAGAAGAACUUGCCUAAGAAAAUGCUUGGAGAAGCCUUCCUAACAGAAUUCUUUUAUAAAGAACAUAAACAUGCGAAAUUUCAUAAACCGCUAAGAUGUAAGAAGACACUAAAUGAUGAAAAGGAAAAUUGGGAAAAUACUCUUCUAGAUAUACAGAACAUUUCACCUUCCCCUCUUAAGAUGGGAAGUCAAGAGAAAGUUGUAGAAGGAAGUCUAACUAAAGAAGAUAAUACAUCUCAAAUGAAAUCUGUGGAUGAGUUACCUGUUGCAAAAUUCAAAAGUACACCUCUUCCAGGAAAUGUAUCCAUUGCAUUGCCCAUUCCAAAGAGGGGACAUGAUGAAACACAACUGGAUUUAUAUCGGUCUUGGUCCUGUACAAGUAUUUGCCAGAAUUAUCCUGACCUCCAGAUAGGAGGUGACCACGUUAGAAACUUGUAUGAUUCUGGCUGCUUUGUGGAACAUGCCCAUGAUGAUGUCUGUAAUGGUCCUCUUUUACUUUCAGUGGAUAUGCCAUUGGGCCACUCUCCUAAAACGGGGCCUCUGGAGAAAACAAAUGCUUCAAAAUUAUUAAAUGGGGAUGAGAUUCGAGAAAAGAGCAUGCUCUUACAUAAGCAACCCCUUUCUAAUUCUAUGCUUAAUAGUUAUAUGGAAAAAAAGGUGGAUGAACUCUACAAACAGUUUUUGGAAGAAAACCUUACCAGGUGUCUCUCUAUAACCAACCUCCUGGCUUCUAAUAUACUGAUGAAUAAUGUUAAUCAAAUUAGCCUUCAGAUCUCUCAAGACCAGAACAUAGAGGCAUCCAAAGCCCGAGAAGCCCUACUCCACUCUUUAGCACGCUGUAAUUUUCGUAAUUCUUCCAAUAGAAAUAGCACUGAAUUAAGCACGCCUAAUUUACAAAUAUCAAACCAAACUAGUCGGGAACUUGUGAGACAUCUGUAAUGGGACAUCAUUUAAAGAUUGGCUGGAUCAAAUAAGAGAUCACUGUAACAAUUGUGUUCUUUUGCUUCUUGUGUCUCUUUGAGUUUCCUUCGUGGUGGUGUUACUUUUCA